AAACAAAAAAUCUCCCAUCGUUCCUAGCGCACAAAAUGGCGGACACAACUUGCCAAUCUGGAAAAGUCUGUCUUCUGCUUCGAAUCUAGCACCAAAAACAACCCUGUCUGCCACUGAAAUCUUCACCAGUGGCUGUCCAAACUUCUCAGGAUGGGAAACAGCAGCAGUACGUCGCCAGAAAGAGAAUCCGAUAGGAACGACACGCCGGUUUUGGAGAACGUGUACGACUCCCACCGCAGGAACGUGUGGCGCUUCCACCCGACCUGCCACGGCAACAACAUCUCCGUGUCCUCGGACCGCCAGACGGCCCGCCGCGCCGAGAGCUUCUGCAACGCCAUCGUCUUCAGCGACCGCCCCUUCCGCAUCCAGGAGAAGAUCCGACUCAAGUUCACGCAGACGACUGACGGUUGGAGCGGCGUGAUCCGCUUCGGGUUCACCACGCAGGACCCCAACAGCAUCCAGGCGGCUUCUCUACCAAGGUACGCGUGCCCCGAUCUCACGAACUUGCCGGGAUACUGGGCCAAAGCCUUGCCGGAGAGAUAUGCCGAGAGGAACAACAUCCUGUGCUACUACGUCAGGAGAGACGGAAGUGUUUGCUACUCUGUGAACAAUGAGGAUAAGGGACUGUUUUUCGCUGGAGUGGACACAUCAUCACCACUUUGGGGACUGGUGGAUGUCUACGGUAACAGCACAGAGAUCAAAAUCAUUGAUGGAGACCAAGAGGAGGACCCCAAUGAUGCUGGUGCCAUGGCGUUGGAUCCCUCGGACAUCGCUCUGGGUCGUCUCGGCCUCCUGGACACCAACAACCCUCUAGAAAACCUAACCCUGGAGUCAGAAGGCACCACGGACGAAGUCGACGACAACUAUCCCAACCUUCACCGCCUCCCGGAUAUCCUGUCUGACGUUUGGGGAAUCUCCCGCGACUUGCUACAGGAAAUGCAAUUCUCCACCACCAGCGGGGCCAACGUGAUCUUUCGGGAAAACAGAACGGUCGCUAAAAGGCGUGGGAAUGAAUUCUGCAAGGGGGUGACUUUCACCAGCCGGCCUCUGGAAGUAGACGAGACUAUAUUUGUCCAGGUGAUCGAGGUUACGCCGAGGUAUCUCGGAGGUCUCGCGUUUGGCGUUACCAGCUGUGAUCCCCAGCAUCUGAACGCUUUUAUCGACUUACCCGACGACUCGGAAAGCCUGAUGGACCGACCGGAAUACUGGGUAAUCUACAAGGACUUGUCAGUACCGGAGGAAGGAGAUCAGUUAACAUUCACGAUAAACAGCGAGGGAGAGCUACGCCACCACGUGAAUGGCGUAGACAAGGGCGUUUUGAUCCACGUGGACGUUUCUCAACGACUGUGGCUAGUUUUUGACGUCUAUGGAAGUACGCAAGCAAUUAGAAUAUUAGGAACAUUGUCUGACCGGGAAGGGAACCUAUGGUCAUCAGGCUUGAGCUCUGCUCAGAGCAGUGAAAUAUCCAGAUCAGACCCAUUCUUCCCACCCCUUCCAAUACCAUCUUCUACUGAACUGGAGGACACUACGGACAGUUCUAGCACCAGCGUCCCUACAACACACAACCUCCCCCCACCCCCCGCAGGAGUGACUGUGGGCACCCGCACCGGGGGCAGGAGCGACUGUACCAUCUGCUACGACCGCCCCACGGACAGUGCGGUGUACCCCUGCGGACACAUGUGUCUUUGCAACAAGUGCGGGCAGCUCCUGAAGCGUCAGCGGGGCGGCAUGUGUCCCAUCUGUCGUGGUGCCAUCCGGGACAUCAUCAAGAUAUUCAAGGCCUGAGAUCAGGGUUUUCCUUGCCAUCCUCUUGUCAUUUGAUAAUCUCCAAGCAGAUCCUACGGUAGCAUAGGAAAGUAUCAAAAGCUGUCAGAGGAGUGAAGCCGGCCUAGGAGUGUGUUUGGCUUCAUGGCAAAUGUACACCUCUUGGCUGACUACACUCCUUGGCCAGUUUGGUACUAUCGUAUGCCAUCGUAGGAUCUGCUUGGAGAUUAGCCAUUUAACACUUUUUCUGUACAGUUUUCCUCUCAAAGAUCCCUCUAAAGAGAUGUUUUACCCCUUAGAAGUUGGACUCCUUAAUUUUCAGCCUUUGCACUCAUAAGAAUUUUCGGCCUUGUACAGAAAUGCUUGGCUUAGUUACUGUAAAAUAUAAUUACCAAAAAAA